AGGAAGAUACCAAAACCACAUAGAUCUGUGCUUCUUCUUCUUCCUUCACCCAGAAAAAAAAAAAACAAAGUCAAAACAAUGGCGCCGAGAGCAGAGAAGAAGCCAGCGGAGAAGAAACCAGCCGCCGAGAAGCCAGUGGAAGACAAAUCAAAAGCCGAGAAAGCUCCGGCGGAGAAGAAACCAAAAGCCGGCAAGAAACUUCCGAAAGAAGCCGGAGCAGGCGGCGACAAGAAGAAGAAGAUGAAGAAGAAGAGCGUCGAGACAUACAAGAUCUACAUCUUCAAGGUUCUGAAACAAGUCCAUCCCGAUAUCGGAAUCUCAAGCAAAGCCAUGGGGAUCAUGAACAGCUUCAUCAACGACAUCUUCGAGAAGCUCGCCUCUGAAUCAUCCAAGCUCGCUAGGUACAACAAGAAGCCUACGAUUACUUCUCGGGAAAUUCAAACUGCUGUGAGACUUGUUCUCCCCGGUGAGCUCGCUAAACACGCUGUUUCUGAAGGAACCAAGGCUGUUACCAAAUUCACCAGUUCUUGAAUUUGGGAAUUAGGGUUUGUUCAAAUCUUGUUUACGAAUUUAGGGUUUCCGUUUCGUUUCUUUCGAAUUAUCGUUUCCCCAGUUGUAAAGUAAAUGUUAUGAAAUCUCUUAUGGAAUCAAGAUUUGCUUUUUCUUA